UGUGAAGCGGUUGACAAGUUAUGUACAGUUAUGACCGUGACGAAACCAAUUAAUUUAACAAUUUAUUUUUAUUUUCCCUUAAGUAAAAUGACUCUUUUGUGAAAAGAGAGUAACAUUUACACCAUAUUUUAAAAAAUAUAUAAUUAUUUAUUUAUUUUUCGAAUGUCAUUUUUAAAGGUAAGGAGAAAGUAGACCCUAACGUUUCUUUUCAGCCGUUGAUUGAAAAAUCAAAUAUGGCUACAAGAUUGGCAGUUAUACUGUUUUAAAUUAGCUUAGACGACAAAAAAAUCCUAGCUACACCCUUUCAGAGAGACAUUUAUUGCUGAGGCGGACGGUCCCCCUCCCCUCUCCGUCUCUCGACAAUAGGCUGCCCGCUCCCAGCAUCAUAUUUUCCUCCGUCUUUUUUUUUCUCCACCGGAGUCAUCGUGUCGCACCGGCGGGCUCCUGUGAGGGUUUUAACGGCUCUCCGGCACGUGUCAGGUCCCUCUGAUGAAAAUAUCCGACGACGCUUGAAAUGACUGAAGUGGCUCCAAGCUGCCCUAACAUGACAGCGCUGGCCCCUCCUCCUGCUCCGCUGAUCACCAGUAGGAAUGCAUCUCCUGCUCGAUCACCAAUGGGAUCCAAUCCCAACAGCCCGACAGGCUCCCGGCUGAAUUUAGCAAAAGAGCGACGGGAGGAAAGAGAGAAGACACAAGAGAAGACGGAGAUGCUGCGUGAUAAGGAUCGGCGUGCGCAGCAGCAGCUGGACCGCUGCGCCGAGGAGCGAGGGAGGAAGAUGCAGCAGCAGAGGAGGAAGGAGCAGCAGCGGCAGGCGGCGGCCGGGGAGAAGAGACGGCAGCAGCAGACGGCAGAGAAGGAGAGGCUGGAGGCCCUGGUCCGCCGGAGAGCCGGAGGCGCCGAGAGACGAGGAGGAGGAGGAGGAGGAGGUGGUGGAGGUGGAGGUGGAGGGGAUGCUCGCGACCACCUGGAUAACAGGCCUAAACGCUGGACAUGGGGAGGACCGCCUGACGGAGUGGACGGUAACCCUAAGACCCCGCCCUGCAAUGCCAUUGGCUCCGCUCAGCCCAAUGAGCUUCCUGCUGCUUCCAGCGCCAGCCAAUCCCGUAACGUUGGUGACUUCCUGUCUCCACCCGGGAUGGAUCAACCAAUCAACAAACAGCUCUCCAACUCUUCAGCCGCCCUCCAUUCACCAGAGAGAGUGUCUUUUGUGUCCCAUCGAACAGCUUCCCCCAGCAACCAGAGACCGUACAGAAGCUCCUCCAACCGCAGGAGCAUCGCUGGAUUCCCAGAGGAGACGUCCAAAGCCAAAACACCCACGGGGGAGACUCCAAACACGCCGGCCCGCAGUUCUUCCUUCAGAGCCAACAGCAAGGGCCCCGCCACACCGAAACGGGUGAGGUCAAACAGGAGUCGCGCCCAGUCGCCAUGCUCCCCGGGCCAGUUCCCGCCCUCCCCGCUCCGGCAGAGGGCCACCACCCCCGGCACCCCCGACGACAGAGGUCACACGGAGGUGAAAGCUCACAGCACCCUGGAGAGGAAAUCCACCAAGUCUGAGACCUCGGAGAAACGGAUCCCCAAAUCCACCAGCAAAGAACUGAAUGCAGAGUCUCCGGGCACGCCCACAGGCAGGAGUGUUGGUGGGACAACGGAUGCUGAGGAGGCGUCCAGACUGCUGGCAGAGAGACGACGUCUGGCCCGAAUACAGAAGGAGCAGGAGGAGAGACAACGGCAGGAGGAGGAGAGGCUGAGGGCCGAGGAGGAGCAGAGGAGGCAGGAGGAGGCGAGGGAGCGACAGGAGAGAGCUGCACAGCAGGCUGAGGAGGAGAGGGUGAGGCGGGAGGAGGAGAGGAGGAACAAGGAGGACGAGGAGAGACGGCAGAAGGAGCAGAGAUGGAAGGACAUGCAGGAGCAGCUGGACAAAGAGAGGGAGGAGGCCUUCCUGCGAGCUCAGAAAGAGGCGGAGAGGAAGAGACAGGAGAGAGAGCUGCAGCACAUCCAGGAGGAGCAGGAGAGGCUGCAGAGGAAGAAGAGAAUUGAGGAAAUCAUGAAGAGAACGAGGAAGAGUGAAGUGGAGCCUCUGUCUGCUGCUGCAGCGUCGGAGGCUGCCGUCCCCUCGGAGGAGGACGCUGCCACUCCGGCUGAAGCCCCCGUCAUCAUGCUGGGACCUCUGGAGAACAAGAGCUUUGUGGACGAGCUGUCUGACGGAGUCCAGUCCAUGGACGUCAGUUCUCCAUCUGUCUCCAUCAGUCCAGUGUCCAGGGACGAGCAGGCGAGCGCUCACGAGUUCUCGCCGCUCACAGAGGAGCAUGUGAUGGACCUGGACGCCCACGGCCGAGGCCAGCGGCAGGGCGCCGAGACGCCCCCCUACCCCAAACUGCAGGCCGGCAGCGGGGUCGGAGACCUCAACAAGAACCUGCUGAUCCAAGCGUACAACGGCGCCUCCGAGUCCUCCCAGCUCAUCCACAGCGUCGGCCCCAGCAAACUGGACGUCCAGUAGCAAGGGCCUUCUCAGGAGCUGGCAGGUUCUGUAGAAAACAGGAGGAACAGACCAAGAGACCGUCACCUCUGUCUGCAACAACAACAACAACAACAACAACAAUGACAACAAUCAUCCCACAAGGAACAAAUGCUGAACAACUAAUUUCACAUCUGUAUUACCAAAACCUCGCAUAACAGUAAAGCUUCUGGCCACAUUUCGAGGCAGUGCAAAUGGGCGAUUUUGACUCUCACAGACAAAAAUAAUGCAAACAUGCACGCUGUUCUUAUUCGUUCACUGUUUGUUCUUACACCUACAAAAAGUAAUGCACUAUAAUUUGUAUAUAAUGCAGGGCUGCCUCUAAAGUCAGGGGACGCAGUAUAAAGAGCAACAAAGUCUGUGUAUGAGGAUAGACGGGUCGAACAAAUACAGGACUCAACAGUUAAAUGACAAACCUGUAACUUACUAUUGUUAAUUAACUUAACUUACACCACGUACAUAAGUUACAUAACAAGUUAUUAUAACCAAAAACAUGAAAUGUUCCUUGUUGAAAACUAAAUGUAAAGUAAUGAGUUGAGGAUUUCAAACGUCAGCCCAAAUCUGCACACCUCAACUCACUUUUUCAUUUAGAGAUUAUAUAUUAUUUGGGAUUUAAAUGCACAAUAUGUAGUUUUAUGCCAAGACAGAGUUUGAUGAUGAACGAGAUCAUGGGAGUCAGUUUCUCCUGGUGAAGAUUCCUUCAGCGUUCAUGAGGUUUUUACCGGGAGCCGAAUUAUCCACAGAGGUCUCCUCCUCUCCAAAACAACCAGACCUGCUGAUUAAAACCAGUUUAAACACUGAAUAAAGCAGUUUCAUGUUAAAAAUCUGUGUUUUUCCAACACUGUUUGGUGGACACAGGACCCCCCUGAGGGGCUGCGAGCUGAGCUGCUGCUAUCGUUUUCUCAGCUUGUUAUCCUGAUUACUUAACAUCCACAUGGUUAAAAUCCUUCAUCUGGUUAAAAUAUAGAAUCAAAAUUACCAAGAUCUGAAAAAAUAUAUAGUAAAAAUGUAGCUUAAAACUGGUUUAAAGGUGAAUGUAUGACAGCCUCUGACAGACAAUUUUUCAUUUGAUUAAAACUAAAAUUACAGAUUUCUCUCACAUUGAAAA